AUUUGAAGUGCAGCUCUCGACUCUGCCUCAAGCACAGAUCUUUCUUUUUUUUCCCUUCUUUCUUGCCUUUGCGAAAUCCUGUUAGCGCUUUAAUUGGUUCGCUUAUCACUUACACACCUACCUACCUACCUACCUACCUACCUCACGAGCAUCAUCAUGGAGGCUCCAGCUCUCGAGCAUCAAAUUCUUGAAUCGGAACGCCAACAGAAAUUCACAUCUCUCAUCCUGCCAAAUGGCGCUGCUGCAGCAGCAGAGAAGAACCCAAUGGCGGCGGCGGACUACUGUCCGUCCGACAAUGACAACGACAUUGACAACGAUCUCGCCAGCACUCGCACCGCCAGCCCGACCACAACCGACUUCUCAUCCUCAUCCGACGACCACUCCACAGAGACCUCCGAUAACUUACACUCAUCCAACAACACCUCCUGCCCGCCCUCCCCAAUAACCACAACAGCAACCUCCUCAUCACUCAUCUCCAAACCGUCCUACCCCCUCCCCCCACCCUCCACCCGACUAACCACCAUCCUCCCCAUCGACCUCAAAACCCCCGACCACCUCAUCCCGCGCGACCCGCGCCUCAUUCGCCUCACGGGAUCCCACCCCUUCAACGUCGAACCGCCGCUCACUGCGCUCUUUGAGCACGGAUUCCUAACCCCGCAGAAUCUUCAUUACGUGCGGAACCACGGGCCCGUUCCUACAUCUGUCGCUACCGCUACCGCCACCACUACCAUCAAUGAGGAGGAGGAAGUGGACGACUCGCUACUAAACUGGGAAUUCACCGUCGAAGGACUCGUAGAGCACCCCCUAACAAUAACCGUGCGGGAGCUGAUGGACGCUUCCAAAUGGGACAACGUCACGUACCCCGUUACAUUAGUGUGCGCAGGCAACAGGCGAAAAGAACAAAACGUGCUCCGAAAAUCGAAGGGGUUCUCAUGGGGAGCGGGCGGGCUAUCGACUGCGUUGUGGACGGGGGUGGGACUUUCUGAGAUAUUGGCGAAAGCGAAACCACUAACGAAAAAGGGAGGGGCGAGGUACGUCUGCUUUGAGGGCGCAGAUCAGCUGCCGAAUGGGACGUACGGAACCAGUGUCAAGCUUGCGUGGGCGAUGGAUCCACAUAAGGGGAUCAUGGUGGCGCAUAAGAUGAAUGGAGAGAACUUGCAUCCUGAUCAUGGACGGCCGGUCAGGGUGGUGGUGCCGGGACAGAUUGGUGGACGGAGUGUCAAGUGGUUGAAGAGGAUUGUGGUUACCAAGGGGCCGAGCGAGAAUUGGUAUCAUGUUUUUGAUAAUAGGGUGUUGCCGACGACGGUGGGGCCGGAGGAGAGUGGGGAGAAGACGGAGGAGAUGGAGAGGGUGUGGAGGGAUGAGAGGUAUGCGAUUUAUGAUUUGAAUGUGAAUAGUGUGAUUUGUGAGCCGGGGCAUGGGGAGGUUGUGUCGCUGAGAGGGAAGGAAGAGGGGGAGACGUACAGGUUGAGGGGAUAUGCGUACGCGGGUGGAGGGAGGAGGGUGACGAGGUUGGAGGUGACGCUUGAUCAGGGGAAGAGCUGGAGGCUGGCGGGCAUUGAGUACCCAGAGGAUCGGUAUCGGGAAGCUCAAGAUGGGGAGGAGUUGUUUGGUGGAAGGUUGGAUGUGUCGUGGCGGGAGAGCUGCUUUUGUUGGUGUUUCUGGGAUUUGGAGAUUCCUCUUUCCGAGCUGCGCGAGGCAAAGGAUGUGUGCAUCCGAGCGAUGGAUGAGUCGCUGGCGCUACAGCCCAAGGAGAUGUAUUGGAGUGUGCUGGGGAUGAUGAAUAACCCUUGGUUUCGGGUCGUUAUUCAUCAUGAGGGCGAUACCUUGCGUUUCGAGCAUCCUACUCAACCGAUGCUGACGUCGGACGGUUGGAUGGAUCGAGUGAAGAAGGAGGGCGGGAACCUUGCUAAUGGCUUUUGGGGUGAGAAAGUCCCCGGGGCUGAGGAGAACGUCGUCAAACAAGAGCCUGUCAAGGAGAUCAGCAUGGUGGAUGACAAGGUCACUCGACUUAUCACACUUGAAGAGCUCCGCCAGCACGAUGGUGAGGAAGAGCCCUGGUUCGUCGUGAACGGCCAAGUUUACGACGGGACGCCGUUCCUCGAAGGUCAUCCAGGUGGUGCUGCCUCUAUCACCGGCGCUGCUGGACAGGACGUAACCGACGAGUUCCUAGCCAUUCACAGCGAAAAUGCCAAAGCAAUGAUGCCAACCUACCACAUCGGCACCCUCACUCCCUCCGCCCUCGCGGCUCUCAAGUCCUCCUCCACCUCGGACCCAGCUCUCAGCGAUCCCAACCGCCCCAUCUUCCUCCAGUCCAAGACAUGGAACAGCGCCAUCCUCACCUCCAAAGAAUCCGUCUCCCCGGAUACCAAAAUCUUCCACUUCACUUUGUCACACCCUGCCCAAUCCAUCGGCCUCCCCGUCGGCCAACAUCUCAUGAUGCGACUCCCUGACCCUGCUAAACCCACCGAAUCCAUCAUCCGCGCUUACACGCCCAUCUCGGACGGCACUUCGGAGCGGGGAACUCUCCGGGUGUUGGUCAAGAUCUACUACGAUUCUCCUACCGAAGAUAUAAAGGGAGGACAAAUGACACAGGCGCUGGAUGCUUUGGCACUGGGGAAAGCCGUGGAGUUCAAAGGACCGGUGGGCAAGUUUGUCUACCAAGGACGGGGCGUCUGUUCUGUCAAUGGACGAGAGAGGAAGGUCAAGAGGUUUGUCAUGAUUUGUGGUGGGUCGGGCGUGACGCCUAUCUACCAGGUUCUGAGGGCAGUUGCCGUGGAUGAUCAAGACGGGACCGAGUGUUUGGUGUUGGAUGGGAACAGGGUAGAGGGAGAUAUUUUGAUGAAGAGGGAGUUGGAUGAGUUGGUGGAGAGGGCCAAACCCGAGGGGAGGUGUAGGGUCAAGUAUACGCUGAGUAGACCGGGUGAAGAGUGGACAGGGCUGAGAGGAAGGUUGGAUAAGACGAUGCUGGAAAGAGAGGUUGGAGAAGGGGAUUUGAGAGAGGAGACGAUGGUGUUGCUGUGUGGACCGGAGGGAAUGCAGAAUAUGGUUCGGGAGGUGUUGAAGGGGCUGGGGUGGAAGGACGAGGAUGUGUUGGUUUUCUGAGCAAAUGUUUUGAGCGUCGCAUAGCGUGGCGUGGCAAUGAAAGUGAAACUGUUGAAUGACGUGUUGUGUUCAUCGUGGCAAGUGUUGUCGCUCAUCAUGAAGCCGAGUGGGUGGGUGGUGUUGGUGAAGUGGCCUGGGGAAGACAUCUCCG